UCAAUUUGUUCAAGAUUUUAAAUUUUAUUUUCUGUUGCUUAAAAAUUAAUAAAUGUAAGCCCAUUUCUACGAAAAUGUAUUUCAUUGAUCGUGGAUACACAUCUUUAGCUUUAAUUAUUUUAUAUGGAAUUUCCUCUAUAUCUACCGAAUGCACAAUUCCUGUAGUUUUAAGAAAUACAUGGUUUUCUUUUGAAAAUGGGCAGCAGACGAUUACAGACAUCAACGCGAAUCAGAUGACAAAUAGGGGAACAUGUGUCAACAUAAAGGCAGAUUACCAUGUAAAUUACACAAUGGUGUUCAGUUACACAAAAUGCUACUACUGUGUGAAACUCAUUGUACGCACAGUUAAUGUGUUGGAGAAGAUUGAAACACCCUGUGUAGAUUUGGAAGCCAAUGAGGAGCCAACUGUAGAGAGAGUAUGCAGAGGUUUAAAUUCACACCAGAAUCUCAUUACAUUGUUUUCAGAGAAUUCAGUGCCUGUUAAUUGCAGAUCAUCACUUGAAGGAGUAUGGCAAUUUGCAUACCAGAAUCGUUUUAGAUUCACUGGAGAAUGCAGUCACCCUGAUGCCCAAAUAAGAUCAUGUCAAACUGCAGGCACUCAGUUUCUUAUAACCAAUCAGAAAUUCAACAUCACAUACAAGAAAUGUCCGGGAAUGACGGGGACAUUUGAAGGUGUUGUAGAGUACAGCUGUCUAGGUCAUUGGUUUGUUGACAAGAAUCACUUCUUUGCUGUUGCCAAUACCAAGGAAUCUCGUAAAGAUGAAAGGUACAGAUGUUUUCUGAAGAACAGAGAUGAUGAUUUGUACAUUGGAGCAUCUAUUACACCACAGUGUAACACCUUGAAGACUGUUGAAAAAUCUCCUGAGAGAUACAGAGUCACUCCUGUAAAGGCUGAAGUUGUAGAGCCAGGGUGUAGAUUGCCUCAGAACUUCUCUGGUGAUUGGAUAAAUACUGCCAAUAUAGAUGCAGAUGUUUUCAUAAAUGAGACACAUAUCAUUGAAACUUAUUACCCAGAUGAAGGACGUUAUAGGCGGACAAUUUAUGUGUGCAGAGAACAGCGUGAUUCCCGAGUAAUGAUGGCUCGACUUACAGUAGAUGGAUGUCAAAAGGAUUAUGUCUGUUUUGACUUUGUUCCUCAACAUCACAAUGUUAUAAGAUACCGCAAAGGACUGGCCAUGAUACAGAGCAACUUCCACACAGUGUGCUCCUGGGUCCAAUUUCCGAACAAACAAAAUUGGCGAUAUGACAUUUUUCUGAAGAAAGAUCCAUCUCCAAUCCGCUGUCCAGUUGCUGGCAAGUUUAAUUUCACACAAAAAGGCGAUGUAAAAUUUGAAACCAGAAUCAUAGGUGGUGUGACACUCAGCCCUCGACCGAACUUGUAUUGUAAGCUGAAUCUAAGUGAUUUUUCGGUGUGCGACACAGACCAGAAAACUAUACAGAUAAAAGAGAAUUAUUGUUUGUCUGUGGACCAUUUGGGUCGUCCUGUAGACAUUUACAGUGACCCAGAUUACAAGAUGAAAUGCAUUGGAUAUUGGAAAGAGAAUCUGAAAUCCUAUCUUAUUACUUAUGAUGAGUUAGAUCCAUUCUCAAAAUACAGAUGUUGGGUGUACCAGAGAGCUGAUCUUAACAGAGUCCUAAUGUCGCAAGCUUUAGGUCCAUACUGUGAUUUGAAACAGGAUGUGACCUCCUGGAAUUAUACUGAAGGCGCAGCCGUCGCUGUCGAGAUGGAGGAAUACGAGAGAGAAAGAGACCAAUGUCCAAUGCAUUUUGACGACGGCAGUGACCCAUGGUCUACUAAAGAGAACCACAUCAAAAUUUUCUCAUUCUCCUACUCGUUUUGGAGAAAUAACCAUGCAGACGCAUUAAAGGUGUCGAGCGUGUUAAUAGCCAUUGUAUUAGCUGUAUUAAUUCCAUUCCAGUAGGAUUAAGAGCACUUAGACUGAAUAUCAGCAAUGCUACUAAUAUGCAAAAUAACUAUUCACUCCUAAUAUCAUGUAGUAAUUUCACACCAAUGUAAAUACAUUUGAGAAAAUUCGUAUUCAUUUAAUACCAUCAAGAACAGGCAGCUUAACUACAGUAUUUGUAGUAUUUUUAUAUUAUAAACAUUUUAUUACGUACAAUUUUACCUUAAUUGACAAACUUGAUGAUUAAAACACACUGUAUUUCAUCUUUUAACUUAACCAUUGAUCAAGUAUAGAAAACAAUAUUAGUGUAAAGUAGGUGGCAACAAAGAGUUACAAGAAAAUACAAAUAUGUGUAUGAUGUAGAUUGUAAGUUUUGUAGGUCUUUAGAUUGUAAAUACCGUUUGUUAAUACAGUUUUUUACAUUAUUACUGCGGUUACAAAUAUAUAAUACCAUAAAGUAACUAUAACUUACAUAUCGAAAUAAAGGUAGGAGCUUCUAAAAAAUUACCAGUAACACCGACGUUCCUCAAAAUACUGGACAUUGUUCUGUCCGGUAUGACCGUUUAUUUUUUACCGGACAGGCCUCGA